AUGGUUGAACCUGUGGGCAAUCACUACGUUGUAGCCAGACCUGUGUACUCGGAGAAUUCAUUCAAUGAAGAGCAUGAGAAAUUGCACAGAUACCAUAAAACCUUUUGGGACAACCUGAAACUCUAUUUCCGCUGCUCCCCACAAAGGGCCAAAAAAAUUGCUCUGCGCUUCUUUCCCGUUGUCUCAUGGCUGCCAGCAUACCGCUUGAGGGAGUGGAUCCUGAGUGACAUCGUCUCCGGCAUCAACACAGGGCUCGUGGCUGUGCUACAAGGUCUCGCCUUUGCUUUGCUGGUGAAUGUCCCACCCGGUUAUGGACUCUAUGCAGCAUUUUUCCCUGUCCUGGUCUAUUUUAUCUUUGGCACAUCCAGACACAUCUCAGUGGGUCCUUUCCCUGUCCUGAGCCUGAUGGUUGGAGGAGUCGUCACCAGGCUGGUCCCUGAUGACAGCACUGGAAGUGGCAAUUCCACAAAUAUCUCAGCAAUAAAUGAAGAGAGGGUGAUGGUGGCUGCAUCUGUAACCUUUCUUUCUGGGAUUUUUCAGUUGCUUCUGGGAAUUUUCCAUUUUGGAUUCCUUGUUAUUUAUUUAUCACAGUCAUUAAUCAGUGGUUUCACGACUGCUGCAGCUGUCCAUGUUUUGGUAUCUCAGCUGAAAUUCAUGUUUCAGCUACCUGUUCCUGGAUUUAUUAAACCAUUAGGCAUCAUCUAUACUCUGGAGAGCUUUUUCAGCCAGAUUACAAAAACAAACGUCGCUGACCUUGUCACAUCCCUGCUUGUCUUGCUUAUCGUGUUCGUGGUGAAAGAAAUGAACGAUCGAUACAAAGAAAAGUUACCAACACCCAUCCCGAUCGAACUCCUUGUGACAAUCGUAGCAGGACUGAUUUCCUAUUUUGUUAACUUGGAAGAAAAAUUUAAUGUAGCUGUUAUUGGAAAACUACCGGAAGGGUUUCAAGCACCUGUUGCACCUGAUGUAGGUAUCCUCCAGAACUGUAUUGGUGAUGGCUUUUCCAUCGGAAUCGUUGCAUUUGCAGUGGCCUUCUCUGUGGCUAAAGUGUAUUCCAUCAAGCAUGACUACCCAAUAGAUGCCAACCAGGAACUAAUUGCUUUUGGUCUGGGUAAUAUAGUUGGUGGAUCAUUCAAAGGAUUUGCCUCCAGCACUGCUCUGUCGAGAUCGGGUGUGCAGGAGAGCACAGGAGGCAAAACACAGAUUGCUGGUAUUGUCUCAUCUGUCAUCGUCUUGGUUGUGAUCUUGGCCAUUGGGUUUCUCCUGGAACCAUUACAGAAGUCAGUCCUUGCAUCUUUGGCCCUUGGCAACUUGAAAGGAAUGCUCAUGCAGUUCAAGGAAGUAGGCAUCCUAUGGAGGAAAGACAAGUUUGACUGUAUCAUAUGGGUGGUGACUUUCUUAGCUACCAUCUUUCUUGGCCUGGACCUUGGACUAGCAGCAGCUAUGGCAUUCCAGCUGCUGACAGUGGUGAUCCGCUCCCAGAUCCCAAGCUGCACUGUUUUGGCUAAUGUUGGGAGAAGUAACAUCUACAGAAACAGGAAGGAUUACACUGAUAUCUAUGAGCCAGAGGGAGUGAAGAUUUUCAGAUGCUCCUCUCCGAUCUUCUUUGCUAAUAUUGAAUUCUUCAGAGAGAAACUCAUCACUGCUGUUGGCUUCAACCCACUGAGAGUCCUGAGGAAACGCAAUAAAGCUCUGAGGAAGAUCAGGAAGAUGCUGAAGAAAGGAGAGCUGCAAGUGACACCCAAAGGCUUGAUUUCCAUGGCUAACCAUACAUAUGAGUCAGAUGAAGAAUUAGACAACAACAAAAUAGAGGAGCUGGACCAGCCCACCAACAUGACAGACUUGCCCAUUCAGAUCAACUGGGGCACUGACCUCCCCCCUGGCAUCACCGUGCCCCAGGUCAACAUCCACAGCAUCAUUCUGGAUUUCUCAUCAGUAUCCUUCCUCGAUUUUUCUGCCAUGACAAUCCUCAAAAAGACUUUGAAAGAAUUUGUCCGGCUGGACAUCGACAUUUACAUUGUUGAGUCACACGAGGGCCUCCUGGACAAACUGGAGAGAAGUGCAUUUUUUGAUGAGGAGAUUAAGCCAUCCAUGUUUUUCCUCACCAUUCAUGAUGCCGUUUUACACAUUUUGCUGAAGAAGGACACAGCCAGCUCCCCCAAAUUAAAGCUCACUAAGGAGAACAGUAGAAGCAAUGACUAUGUCAUCAUCCCCAGGAAUGGACUGCGCAGCCGGGAGUGCACAAUUCCAAUAGAAACAAAAUUUUAGAUUUAAUUUUCUAAAUAUAACAUCCUCCAGUGUAACAAUGUCACAGAAGACGAAUGCAGAUGCUAUGAUGAGCACGAAGAAAAGAAGGAUACUUUUAAAUACUUUAAGAAGGAUUUACUACAUGUGGUUAUGUUCCAAGUUUUGGAAUGGGCUUAUUAGUCUUUAUGUGUCUCUGUAUAUAUAUAUAUGUAUUUAUGUACAUAUAUGGAGGCUAAAAUAACACAGAUUUUCUUAUUUCAUACCAUAGUUUGUAGACAGCUUGUACAGAUACUAAAGAACAUAAAUAUUUGAAAUCUUGUAUUUUAUAGCACAGACUAAUAGUUAGGAGUAAUAUUUUAUCUUCAACUUGUAUAUAACUUGUAUAAAGUU